CUCUGCAGAAGUCCCUGGCUGAUCGGGGAGGCUUGAGGCUGUGGGAAGGCUCUGGCAGAACUGCAGACCUUAGACACGCAGAUCCCCCGUGGUCUGGAGAUCUCAGACUUUCUCUAACAACCCCACCUGCAGAGCAUCCCUCAGCGCACCGCACACCCGGGAAUUGUGGGGCCACUUGGCCGCUGGGGAGCUGUGAACCUUGGGUCUGGGAAAUCCGCGUCCAGGGAAGCCUUGGAGAGUCACGGAGCACGGGGGCAGACCCCGGGGCUGUGGGAUGAGCUGGAGAGCCAGCUGAGGUCGCCGAGGAGCGGGUCCAGCCACCACAGGGGACAUGGCAUCUUGGCUCUGGAGAAAGCUGCGUGGCAAGAGGCGGUUGGUGAUGGCAUUCUGCCUCUUGAUGACUCUGUCUGUGGUGACUGUCACCCGCUUCCCCCCACAUCAUCCGGCCACUGGCCCAGAUGCGGGUCCCAUGGAGCCCCAGGAUGUCACUGGAGCCCCUGGCCCCCACAGCUGGCAGGCUCUGAGCUCCAGCUGGAGGCAGCAGGCCAGAGACCUAGAGGUCUGGAGGGGUUGGCCCUUGCCUAGGAAUUCCAUCUCGGUGUGUGCUAAAGAGCAAGGCCACAGAGGGACAUUGGACAGAAGCAGAAGGUUCCUGAGAGGGGAUAGCAGGCAUCCAGGGGGGGUCAGGAGGGACAUGACUUUGGCCUCUCUAGGAGAUAUGAGAUUCAGUAGCUCACGUCUUGUGCUCCUGAGGGACGAUGAGGACAGGGGUCCAAGAGCCAAAGACUUGAGUCCCCUCUGGCAUGACGAUACCAUCGGAGAGACCCAGAAUGAGACUGGCACCCCAGCUGGCCCUGUCACAGGACACAGCAUGACAGCUUUACAGGCUUGGAGAGCGGCUGCUGGACUAACCCCACGGCCCUACCCAGCGGCAGGCAGGAAUCUGCCAGGAGCAAGGAACAGAGCCUUGAUGGGUAGGCAACCAACAGGGCAUCCCACCCCGGCUACAGGGGCUCGUCGGUGGCCUGGCUCUGUUGGGGAGCUGCAAGAAUCUUUCUGGUGUGAUGCCAAGACCCCUGAGCUUUGGCGCAGCUUGAGGACCAGCGGGCAGGUUCCCCCAUGGCUCACAGAGCAUGAUGUGCAAGCGCUCCAGCUGUUGGCCCAGGGGCAGGUGGCAGGCAAAGCCACGGUCCCCGGCCACGGGCAGGUGCUGCAGGUCGGCUUCUCCAGUGAGGGUGCCCUUCCGAACAUGUCCUCUGGGCUCAGCCAUCUCUGCUCCCAGGGGCUCUGUGGCCUGAUCAAGAGGCCAGGAGACCUGCCAGAGGUCCUGUCCUUCCACGUGGACCGGGUGCUGGGGCUGCGCCGGAGCCUACCUGCCGUGGCCCGGAGCUUCCGCAGCUCCCUGCUGCCUUACCGAUACACGGAUGGCAGCCCCAGGCCCGUCGUCUGGUGGGCGCCGGAUGUGCAGCACCUGGGGGACCCAGACGAUGACCAGAAUUCUCUGUCCUUGGGCUGGCUGCAGUACCAGGCCUUGCUGGCACACGGCUGUAGCUGGCCGAACCAGGCCCCCUGCCCGCCCAUCCACCACACUGAGUGGGCCCGCCUGGCGCUCUUCGACUUUCUGCUGCAGGUGCACGACCGCCUAGACCGCUACUGCUGCGGCUUUGAGCCCGAGCCGUCGGACCCCUGUGUGGAAGAGAGGCUCCGAGAGAAGUGCCGGAACCCAGAGGAGCUGCGGUUGGUCCACAUCCUGGUCCGAAGCAGUGAGCCAUCCCAUCUGGUUUACAUCGAUAAUGCUGGCAACCUUCAGCAUCCUGAGGACAAGCUGAACUUCCGGCUGCUGGAGGGCAUCGCUGGGUUUCCUGAGUCGGCCGUGCAGGUUCUUGCCUCAGGAUGUCUGCAGAAGCUGCUGCUCCUGUCCCUGCGGAUGGACCCUGUGUUCUGGGAGAGUCAGGGUGGGAGGCAGGGGCUGAAGCGGGUGCUCCAGACCCUGGAGCGGCGAGGCCAGGUGCUGCUGGAGCACAUCCGGAAACAUAACCUGACGCUCUUCAGGGACGAGGCCCCGUGAGCUUCCCCGCUGCCCAGGCAAGGCUCUUGUCCCGCUGGCAGCACCCCCUGACCGGAUGAGCUUCCAUCCUCGUGGCCACGUUCUCUUGGUUUCCCCCAACCUGAAGACAAAUUGGAAAAGCCUGAAGAAACCAGGGGAUACCGUGGGUGUCCCAGAUGUCCCACCUGCUCGGGCCGGUGAAGGUGGUGCAGGGUGGGAGGGUUUCUAUCUUACCGCCUUCCUUUCAGCCUUUUCUGCUCUGGCUGUUUACUCCCUUGC